AUGAAUGACAAGGAGUUUGUCAGUCUGGGAUGUUACUUCGCGACACCGCAUGCUUUGUGCCAGAAAAGCUACGGGUUCGACUGUACCCGAAGCCCACUGCAGGGCAUUUCGCACUCGAUAAAUUCUGGCUUUUCUGGUUUCCAGACGAAUACUGUCUACUGCGACACAGAUCAGCAUCGAGUUUUUGGGCACCAGUUGGGGUGGAAGCUUUUGGCAACAGAAUUCGGAAAAUCCCUCAGCAAAGAGGCCAUGACGCGGCCAGCCUCCAGAUUCAUGGGGCAGGGCGAUGUGCCCGCGGCAACCUCAAGGGUGUUUGUGAGACUGGUCAACAAUACUUCUGAGUCUGAGUUGGGUAAAGCAUGGCAAUUGCGGCAGCAGCUGCCUUACACGACCGAGAUCUACUUGCUCAUUCUCCUUGAAUCCCUCGCGAAAGAAUUUCUCGAAUUUGGCUCUGUGGUAUCGUUGAUAGUCUCUGGUUUGCCGGGCAAAGAAGCCCUCCGGCUCCCAACCGCGUGUGCCCUCAAGAUUUCUGCUCUGAAUCAAAGCAACAAUCCCAGGUGCACACGCGAUGCGAGGGAGUAG